ACAUAUUCAUUAUCAUUAAGUUGAAACCCUCGCAACCUUCCCGUCUCGCGUGCCUUUUCUAUUUCUCAAUCUCCUAGUAGAAGCAAACCAAAGAAACCGGCGUCAGAUGGUGACUCAGUACGGAAUCAAAUACGCCGUCAAUCUAAUCACCACUCACUUCGGCGAUCUCGUCGCCAAAGUUUGUGAGUGUCUUCUCCGGAAAGGACCGUUAAAUCUCCAAGCCAUAGUCCGGUUUACGGAGCUCACUUCUUCUCAAGUCAAGAACAGCUUACUUGUCUUAAUUCAACACAAUUGCGUUCAAGCGUUCGUUCUCGAACAACCUGGUGAUCAUGGAGAUGGAGCAAAACUUAAUACUCAGUACAUAACGCUGUUCAAUAACAUAAUCCAUCGUUGGAGAUUUCCCAAAUUCUUGACUAUCGUCUCCCAGAAACUUGAUAAACAAUGUGUUGAACUUCUGGAGGCUUUGCUUCUCCAUGGAAGGCUUACCCUCAAACAAAUGUCUGAUCGAGCAAAAUCGGGUCAAAAUGAAGGAGAUGAUGCAAUUUUAGAUGCUGUACGAGAAGCCUUUAUUAAGUUACGGAAUGCUCAUUUUAUUGAACGAUGCCCUGCCUCUGAGCCAGUUCUCACAAAACCAACUGAAGAAGAAGCUUCUGCAAGGAAGCGAGGUCCUAAGUCUGCCAAGAUACUUGAAGAAAAAGAAACGUUAGAGCAACGUGUUUUGGAAGCUGCUGCACCUCCUGAAGCCUUAAGAUUUUUGAUUGUAACACAAACCGAAUGUGCUGCUGACGGAGGGAAGGAUGAGAGCAAUUCCUCUGGCAUGGCACCUGGCGAGAAGCGCAAGCGUGAUGCUUUAGAGUCAGAGACAGAAUGUGGGACUACAGAUGACCAAGUUGUUCUUUGGCGUGCUAAUUUCGAGGAAUUUAUACGGCGUCUUAGGCAUAAGGCUUGCAUCGAGAAUGUGAGGGCGCACCUGGAUGAUGGAGCUAUUAUUGUCUUGGGUGCUAUGCUGGAAGCAACUAGAGGUGCAGAGAAGAAAGUUAAAACAGAGAAUUCAGUUCCACUGUCACUGAAUUCCAUAUAUGAAGAGGUGAUAAAGAGUGAAGAAGGUCGUAAUAUAACCUUUGAUCGUGUUAGAGCGUCCCUUGUUCAGUUGAGUUGUCCACCCUUUGUAAAAGCAGUCAAUGAGUCAUACAGUAUUGAUUUCAAGAAAAUAAUUGAACUAGCUCAGAAUGAGGAGGUGGAAUCUAUUGUGUUGAAAAGAUAUGGAAGGGAUGCAUAUAGAAUGUUCCGGUUACUUUUAAACAGUGGUCGCCUGCUUGAGACUGAUAAGAUUGCAGAUACCACUUUUGUUGAAAAGAAGGACACGCCAAAAAUUCUUUAUAAACUGUGGAAGGAUGAUUAUUUGCAUAUGGAGUAUCAAUUGGUUAUGAACUUUGGUAUUGUGCUAGUCAUCCAGGAAAAAGGGGGAAAAAAAGCAGUUUACUAUAAAUUACAACUAACAGGAGUUAGACAAUCACAGUUCCUGUUGUGGAAAGUGAAUAAGAACACUCUCCAGGAGCAUGUACUAGAUGAGAUGUUCCAUGCUGCCUUAAAUUUGAGCCUACGAGUGGCUCAUGAGUUGGAACAAGAAAAGGAGCUUUUGAAUAUUCCGCAAGAUAAACGUGUUAACCGACUAAGAAAAGUCAGGUUACUCUUGGAAUCAUCACAUAUGAAGCUUGACGAUGCUAUCAUGCUUUUCCAUGACUUCUGAGUUACUUAAGCAAGCUUCGCUGCUGCCAUUUCCUUGAGUAAUGGAGGGAUGUGCUGUUCCACCAUGUAUCAGUCUUAACAAUUUUGUCGUUUCAUUUGGUCCUGUAGGGAUUCUAAGUGUUCAGGACAGAGAUAUAUAUAUAUAUAUAUAUAUAUAUAUAUAUUUCCUUUAAUUUAAAGAAUGAGUCCGUGUGUACUUUCGAUUGAAUCAACUCAACUGGAACUCGGUCUGCAAUGGUUUAUAAAUAUCGUUGUUCUUUCAUUAAUCCAUGUUAUCCAACAGAAAUCACAUUGGUUUUGCAUACAUCUUCUGCCCCAACCCAAGGAAAAGGAAACAAAAAAAGAAAGAGGCAAUCAAACACGUGACAAGUAACUUGCUAAACAAUAAUGUCAAAAGUGCCACAAACUUUGGUUGUAAACCAUAUUGAAGAAUCAGUUUUCGUUAGAAACUGAAUAUGGUGAAGAGUUAUGAUUACAAGUGGAGUGGGAGAGAGAUUGAAGAUAAGGCUGAGACAAAAUUGAAUAUGAGUAGAAUCGAAUAAACAAACAUGUG